AAUCACAAGUAGAAAAAUAAUUAUUUGGUGUUGUUAGAAGUGUCAUAAAGAUAUAUAUGUAAUUACUAAUAUAAGUAAAAAUAGACAAAGAAUUAAACAAAGGCAAAUCACACUCGCUAUACUUUCAAUUUUCUUUUCCCCCCUAUUUGUUACUUUUCUCAAACAUUAUUGGUUAAUACUCUCUUCCCCGGUCCAAUUUUCACCUUCUUAUUCAUUCUCUCUUUUGUUUUCGUCCUUUUCAUUAAACACGAAUACGAGCAUGGCACGAGCACGAAUAGGCACGACACGAUUCGAACCGUGCCCGGGCCUGGGCCGGGCCUAGCAAAGUUGACAAAUGGGCUUGCAUGGCAUGGCAUGAAAACUGACGGGCCGUGCCAAGCACGACACAAAAUAAAUGGGCCCGAAGCGUGCCCAUGCCGUGCCGGCCCAAGCACGGCCCAACGCCCAUGUACAAUCAAGAGUGUCUCAUUGGCGACUCUCAUCACUAUCCCCUUCCCGAAAGCAAGUUUGAAGACCAAGUCAUUAGUGUGGAGGAUCAAAAGAAUCCCUUCUAUGAUCUUGCGUGGCAUCUUGCCCUCAAAACCGGGCUUGAAGACAUGGAUGGGAAGGUGAGAGAAGAGGUUGUGGAAGAGGAAGUGAAAAUUGAAGAAAGGGAAGAUCUUGAUUGUUCCCAAGGGGAGGAAGAAAGUGAAUAAGAUGGAAGGGAGGUUGAGGAAGAAGUAGAAGGAGCAAGUGAGGUCCAAGAUGAGUACGAGUCCGUUGUGGAUGAAGAAUCCACAAGUUACAAGAGCUACAUAAGCUUUCCACCCGACCUCGAUGCACUUUUGGAGAAGGACCCAUUUAAGGGCUUUUGCCAAGCCAAGGUCAAACCAUCGGUGAUCCCUCUUGGCGGAUGCGAUGGAAGUCAAUCGAUGAUGGACUACAUGGUGUGGGGCAAAGAGAAAGAAUAAGAAAAGAAGAAGGAGAGGUCUCGAGGGUGGAGGUUUCAUCUCAAUCAAGUUCAUGAGUCAUCAUCAAAUGUCAUUCCAUAUGAUCAUGACUUGAGGCUCCAACUCGAAGACGAGAACCUCAACUUCAAGGAGGUUUUUGGAUAGACUGAAGCUUGAGGAGCAACCUUCCAGCUUAUGAGGUAAAAGUAGCGCUUGUUGGGAGGCAACCCAACGAAGGGUUGUGUUUGUUUUAUGUUAAGUACUAAUAUUGUGUAAUAACCUCGCCUUGUGCGAGUAUGUGUGUGUUUUCUUUUGUUUUUGUCUCCUUGAAGCUCUCCCCUCUUCAUCUCCGGCCCAAUUGAGUCCCGACUUUCACUCGCCAAGCUAUGCGAUAACAUCGUUCUACACCUUAUUUAGGCCAUUGAAGGCAAUGUCGAGUUUAUGUGUGUGUUGGGGGGGGGGGGUAGUCUAUCUAUUAAGCUUGUGUGUGUGUGUGUGUGUGUGUGUGUGUGUGUGUGUGUGUGUGUGUUAUUGAUUGCUUGGAGUUUAGAUGUAUGCCCAAAUUUUAAAAUUUUGAGGGCUCCAACCAUUGCAUGUUCAUUGUGGCCAAUUGUUGGAGGAUCUCUUGUUUAUAGGCAUUGACCUUGGAUUGUUUACUUGUGAUCAAGUGCAUCCUAUUAUGAUGAUUGAGAAUUGCAUUAGAUUGGUGCAAAUGUUUAGUUCUCAUAUGUGUGCAAAUGAAUGGAUAUCUUGACUUGAUUACUCCUGCAUUACAAUUGCCAUGCAUUGAUUUUGUGAAAUUGGAUUAGACAAAUUAGGUGAUUAGGUAGACAUGUGAGUUUUGUGUCAAUCGUCUUUUUCUCAUGUGAUAGAUCCCUCUCGCCAUGGUGUGUUACAUUCACCAUUGUCACUAGUGAGUAUGAUAGAGGAAUAGUAUUAGUCCACACCCAAAAGUUGAUUGUCUAGAAAUACUUUAUCUCUUAGUCAACUGAUAUUCGACUGUAACAUAUGGAAUUCUUGUGCUUUAUGUGGCUAUCCUAUGAUAUGUUUAAGUCGAUUGAUGCUAUUUUAGAGAAAAUUAAUCUGGAAUGGUUGAAAAGCCAUUACCAUCUUGUGUUGGAAUUUUGGUGUAUUUUAGGUGAAGAAAUAGACAAAAGGCACAGGUGACCCUCCAAGGCAGAAGAUGGCGGGAACGAAUUGGAUCAAUGUCUCUUCCACAACAAAAAUUGGGCUCAAGCACAAUUGAUGGAGGCAAUUCCAUGUUUUCUAGUGGACAAUGGACGAAAAUUGGUGGAGGGCAUAAGAGGCCAUUUUAACACUUUCCUGGACCAAGUUGUUUGGCCUGUAGCAUUGGAAUGUUUUGGCCCAUCUUCCUUGUCUGUAGUGGAAUUAAUUGGACAGGAGGGCUUGAAGGGGAAAAAAUGAGGCGGACAAGGGGAAUUUUGGGAGAAAAUUCUCUAUGGGAGGAGGCAGCUUGGAGACGGAAUGAAGGGGAGCGGCGGCGGAAUUUUGGGACGGAACUAAUUUUGCGAGGAAGGAAAUUCUUGGGACAGAGAAUUGUGGACGGGGACAAGGAAUUCUUGGCGAGGGUUUCUUUUUGGAUAAAAAGGAGCAGGGCGC